UAAGAGGUGGGGGGGGGGCAGCGUUGGCAGGUCAUUUUACCACGCAAAUGAGAGAGAGAGAGAAAAAAAGCUUGGCGAAGGGAACGAGGAUUCUUCCUUCCUGCUGCUGCUUCUUUUUUUCCCCCGCAACUCCAGAAUUGUAGAGAUUCUACAGACGGGCUUUUCCUGUCUUCUGCACAGCACAGUAAAACGGCGGGGUUUUGUUUUUUUUUCUUCCCCUGGGUCCGAAGACGCCGACGGUGAAGUUUCUGCUCUAGAACGUCGCAAUCUCGGGCAAAAUGGAGCAGUUUAGCUGGUUAUCACAAAGCACGAGGAACCGGAGUGACAUUUCAGGGAACAGUUACAUAUCGCAAUCUCUUUUCGACUCCAUUUCUUCGUUUCUCCGUGAAAAUGAAAGUGAUUCCAGCGUAAUUGAAGAAUCUCCUAAAGAAUCUGCCUCAGACAGGAUUUUAAGCCAUUGCUUUAAACAGUAUAAACUCAGAAAUGAAUAUCCCUAUUAUUCCCUUAAAUUGAGACCAAAUAGAUUUGGGCCACCUAAAUCAAGACGGCGUAUUCAUAUUGCACCACCUAUGGAUAGUGUGGCUCCUAGUAUUCACAAGCCUCGGCCACCUGUUGUCAGUGAAGCAGAGAAAGUUCAGGAGUUGAGAGCACCUCCAGAGGCCCAGGACAGCAUCUCCACUGAGGAGAGUGACCUGCCAAAUAUGGAAGCUUGGAUUAAGGAGAGAAAACAACUGCGUAAUCUGUUGGAGAACUGUGUAAAUCUGGAGGAAUGGUUAACUGAAAAGAAGCCUCUCACUCAACAAGAAGGACACAUCCUGAGGAAAUUAAAAGAAGAAAGACAAGAGAAGGAGGCUAAAAUUCAAGCUGAGUUGCUGGCUCUCCAAAGUGUUAAGACCGCACCAAAGAGUGAACCAGUUAAAACUACACCUCUUAUCCGGGCUCCGUAUCCACCAUCUAUUAUUACACUACAAAACCUUCUGCAUAAGCAAAAACUCAAGCUUGUGGAUCUCUUCAAAAAAGCUGACAGGAGCAGGACAAUGAAAUUCAAAAGAGUGGAUUUCCUUAGAAUUAUCCAGGAGACCAAGGUGCCUAUCAGUAAAACUGACUUAGAAGAAAUCAUUGUCUUUCUCACUGUUUCAAAGAAAGGACAUAUUAUAACUGGUGCUGACUUAGCUGAAUGUCAAAGAUUAUGGAUGGACAAUAUAAGGGAUAACUGGAAACAGCCAAAGCAAGAGACAUUGUCUGUUGCAAAAUCUGCAUCCAUCACUGCAAAAGAAGAUAUAUUUCCUCAUGCCAAGUCCAGUAUAUCUUCUCAGGUAGCUAGUCAACCUAAGUCAAACCAUUUGCAAGUUCCUCCCAUCAACACUGAACCAGAUCGCAGGCACUUAACUUAUAACCAAAUGGAAAUAGUUGGGAAGAGAUACAAGGAAACCAGACGGCGGCUAAAGAGGAAGACGAAUCCAUUAGACUUUGCGGAACAGUGCAGACUAGUGAGGUCUGGAGACCCAAUUGUCGAUAGUCACUGCUUGCCAAGCUCCCUAGAGGGUGAAAUGGGAGAAUUGGUGGACCAGCAUCGACUGGCGUGCCACUACGUCUACUUUCAGUGUGUCAAGCUUUGCGAAAAAUAUGGAAUUCCGAUUUCAGAAAGAACGCUAAAAAGAGGUCUGCUGUACCCAGGAGACAGGCUCCUGAGACUCGGAAAGGACGCCCGGAAGUUGAGGCAGCCAGGAGGAUAUAUUGACAAUUCUAUUUACCUGGGCGAAUCUGAGGGUGAACCUUUCAAGGUUGAGGAAAGAAAGCCAAAACCAAUUAAGAAACCAGUUAAAAAGCAAGUUCGGGCCUGCCGCUGGAAGUCAUUUAAGGAAUUUAAGAAAAUGAUGUGUAAACACUCCAAAAGAAUACUACCUCCAUCGGAUAUUUGGAAUGAGAAAUUUCUUGGUGAGAAUUUGCCUGAGAGUCCAGAAGAGUUUGCAAAAAAAUACAUGGAAAGAGAACUGAGGAGAAUGUAUCACUACCUGAAUCCCUUGACCAACCCUAAUAAUUUCUGGCCGGGGCAUCUUCUUGAUAAGCUGCAUUUGUAUCUACCUGAAUCAAGACAGGAUAGAAGUGAAGUUCUGUUCAGUCGUGUUUCUGAGACGCACCCGGUCAAUCCUGGUAUUAAUGUUCCACACCGCAACUGGCCGGUCAACAAGAAAGGAUACACAACCUUAGGAGAUCCAGAAUCUCGCAAACACAACUAUUACAUUUGAUGGCAUUUUUGAAGAACUUGACCAAGAAAUCUGCUCCGCUGGACUAACAGAGAGUCAUAGUCCCAUAUAUGCAAUAUGACAAAAUUAUGGCCUGGUGAAAGGAGCUUUCAAUCAAUCAAUUUAUAUGUACUUUUAAGCAUGUUGCGUGAAUGACCAUGCUACAGAUUUUCAAUGAAAGGUUUGAAAACCUGGGUUUUUCGGAAACAGCUUUGCUUCUAUUUCUUCCUUAGAAAGAGGUACACAAAACAGGAAAUACAGUAUACAAAUUUUCCAAUGGGGGGGAAAUUGGUAGCUUUCUAAAGUGGGAGUACGGUUCCCAUUAGCUCUGACAGCCAAACAGGUUCUUCUAAUUUGGUUGCACAUUCCCCGCUGUUAUUGCAGGAGAUGUACAACCAUUGUUAUAACAAUGGUACUGAUGAGAAGGUUGAAGGAGAUGCAAGGGUUGUGUGGAAGAAGACAUCUUUCGCGGGCAGAAUGUCCCAAUUUUGUGUCCUGGCGUCUUCAGGCAAAAGGACUAUGUUGGAUCAAGACUCUGGCUGAGCUUCGUUUCCAGUGUGACCAACAAAUCACAUCUGGAAGGGCCCUAAGCUGCCCUGGUCUCUCCCUUCACAAGAAGGAAGGUCCCUUGUUUAUAAUCUUCCUACACUGCAGAUAGUUUUAUCAACCUAUGUCCUCCCUUUAUUUAUUUAUUUCCUAAAAUGGACACCUACCAUCAUAACCUUUCCCGAUGGAGAUGGAAGAUGGUCAGUUUUUGUCUCAUUCUGUAGUUAUCUACAUAAAAAUAUAUUGCACCGUAGAAAUGGAAAUACCGUACAGUGUACAGGGCUUUUUCCAUCCAAAUGGCUGAAGAGUUUUUGCAUAUUGUUAUACACAAAAUUUAAGGUGUAACUCUACUCCUCAAAUAGGCUCAACUAUACACAUGGAUCCAUUUGAAGCAUGCAAAUAUAGUUUGAGCUAGUGACCAAUCCAUGAACACUCAUGGGUUUGACCUGCUAAUCUAUGAAGAUCCAAUAAUAGGGUUAAAUAGCUGACCGAGUAAUGAAGACUACUCCUCAGUCUUGCAUUGCUAGAAUCAUUCAAGCAUAAGAUCAAUAACUAAAAGCCUUCAACAUGACCUGAGUUUAACUCAUAGAAUCAUCUAUUACAAUGUCCUUCCUGUUGAAGACUACUUCAGCUUCAAUUGCAAAAAUACACGAGCACACAAUAGAUUUAAACUUAAUGUUAACCACUCCAAUCUUGAUUGCAGAAAAUAAGACUUCAGAAACAGAGUUGUUAAUACUUGGAACACACUACCUGACUCUGUGGUCUCUUCCCAAAAUCCCCAAAGCUUUAACCAAAAACUGUCUACUAUUGACCUCACCCCAUUCCUAAGAGGUCUAUAAGGGGCGUGCAUAAGAGCACAAGCGUGCCUACCGUUCCUGUCCUAUUGUUUCCUUUCAUUAUAUCCAAUUAAUAUAGUUAUUACAUACUUAUGCUUAUAUAUAUGCUUAUAUAUUAUAUAGUUAUUUCAUGCUUAUGCUUAUAUAUACUAUUGUGACAAAAUAAAUAAAUAAAUUUCAUUAAAGAGAUCAGUUGGGUUUUCUGUUGCUAUUCAUGGUGAGCCCGUUAUCACAGCACACUUAAUGAAAUCAAACAAAUUCAAUCAAAUCUUACAGGUGAUUGUAGCUGCACACAAUUUCACAUACUGAUUAAAAGCUUCCAUUUGGAGGAUUACACAAUUCCACUUAGGAAGUGUCUGAUAUUCUUUGAGCCCUUAUACUAGGAGACCACCAGCAAGGAUUUAUUACUUCAAUAACCCCAUUCUUGCUGGAUAGGGAAAGAUUUAAUGUAACAGAAGGGCUUUUC